AUGAUUACAGCUGCUCAUAUUGGAAUUGGAAUCAAAGGAAUUGAAGGUUAACAAGCAGCAAGAGCUUCUGAUUAUAGUAUUGGUGAAUUCAGAAUACUAAAAAGAUUAAUACUUUAUCAUGGAAGAGAAAGUUAUAGAAAAAACUCAAAUCUUAUAUAUUACAAUUUUUAUAAAAAUAUCCUUUUAGUCCUACCUUAAUAUUGUUGGGCUUUAAACAAUGGAUUUUCUGCUGUUAUGUUUUAUGAUUAAUUACUCUAUCAAAGUUACAAUUUGAUUUUUACUAGUCUACCUAUUAUAUUUUAUGGUAUUUUCGAUGAAGAAUUCUCUGGUGAUAUACUCACUUCAAGUAAACAUAAUUCUCUAUUUUAGAUCCCAGUUUUUAUAAAAUUGGAAUUAAACAUAAACUAUUCAAUACUAAAAUAUUUUUGUAUUGGGUCUUAAAUGGUAUUAUUUAGGCUGCCUUUUUGUCAUACAUAACAUUUCAGACUUAUGAAAACUCCUCUAUUUAUAAUGGGAUGAUGCCUGGAUUAUGGACUACAGGUGCCAUAGUAUUAUGGUAUUCCGUUUUCAAUAGCAAUAUCAAAGUAAUUAAUUCCAUAAACUAAAUUAGAUUAUCUUAAUUAGUAACACUUAUUCGAUUGGAGUUAUUAUGGGACUUUUCGCAUCGGUUUUAAUAUACAUACUUUUAUUUAUUUUUGUUUCAGAGAAAAUGACAAAUUCUGAUAUGUUUAAUAGCUAUAGUGUUAGUUUUUCUAAUCUGAGAUUUUACUUGACUUCAUUGUUAGUAAUUGGAGCUACAUCAAUUCUUGAUUUUUCUUUAAUUAAAUUAGUUUAGUGGUCUAAGUAUGCUCGUGUAGAAAUUUAACAUGAUAAAGUUUAUAUGCCGAUUAAAAAAUAGCACAUAGAAUUACAAGAUGAGCUUUAAUUGAAUUAGCCUUUCCCUAAUACACAAUUUUAAAUGAAUAACUAAUCAGUUCCCUAAGUCCCAAUUAAAAAAGGUUAGAUCAAUCUUGCUUUAUCUUCAGAAGAUAAUUGA